AUAUACACCCAACGUGUGAAAAAUCGAAAUAAUGCAGUUUUUUGGCAGACGGUUUUUGUUGCUGAUUUCCACACGAAAAAGUGACAUCUUAUAUAAGCGACUAUAUUCAUCAAAUCCAACAAUUCCAUUACAACGAACAUGUCUCUACGACUUUCAUGUUGCUCAGGGUGGAAAGAUGGUUCCGUUUGCAGGCUGGGAGAUGCCUGUCCAAUACAAAGACUCCAUUCCAGCAUCUCACACGCAUGUGAGGAGUAGUGUUGGUAUUUUUGACGUCUCACAUAUGCUCCAGACCCGAGUGACGGGAAAAGAUUGCAGGCGUUACAUGGAGUCUCUGGUGGUGGCUGAUGUAGAAGGGUUGAGUGAAAACCAUGGAACACUGUCCGUGUUCACAAACAACAAGGGAGGAAUUGAGGAUGAUCUGAUUAUUACAAAUACCGGAGAUGGAUAUUUAUAUGUUGUUUCAAAUGCGGGGUGCCGGGAUAAAGAUUUUGCUAAUAUGAAGAGACAGGCUGAAAAGUAUCGGAGUGAUGGUAUGGAUGUCCAGGUCGAAAUGAUCAGCAAUGCUCUACUGGCUGUUCAGGGUCCUCAGAUGACUAAAGUACUACAGCCUGGAAUUGAUCACGACCUCAGUUCACUUCCGUUCAUGACCUCAACCAUGGCCACUGUGUUUGGUAUUCCAGAUUGUCGUGUGACGCGGUGUGGUUACACAGGGGAGGAUGGAGUGGAGAUUUCAGUUGAGAAAAAGCAUGCAGUGAAUCUGGUUGAGAAGUUGUUGUUAUCACAAGAAGCUGAAGUGCGAUUGGCUGGACUUGGUGCGAGGGACAGUCUGAGGCUGGAGGCGGGGCUUUGUCUCUAUGGAAAUGAUAUCAAUGAGGAGACAACUCCAGUCGAAGCGUCUCUUCUUUGGGUUAUAGCAAAACGUAGAAGACAGACGGCAGAUUUUCCUGGUGCAUCAAUAAUCUUAGAACAGAUAAAAUCAAAACCAAAGAGGAAAAGAGUUGGCUUUAUUUCUACUGGUCCCCCAGCCAGAGCGGGGACCCAGAUAUUUGAUGAGUCUGGAAGUAAGAGUAUUGGCAGCUUGACCAGUGGGUGUCCGUCUCCUUCCCUCAAGAAGAACAUCUCCAUGGGCUACGUCGAGACGCCAUUCUCAAAAACCGGGACCUGUGUCAAGUUUGAAAUACGCAAGAAAAAGUAUGAAGCCGAAGUCGUCAAGAUGCCUUUUGUGCCUUCAAAAUACUACAUCCUAAAGUAGUUGGGACUGACUACCCCAGAUGCCGUCAUACAGUACAAGUGCUUUGUAAUAAAAUACUGUGGAUCCUGAAAUUAAUGCGAUCAUAAUAUUAAUGCAAAAAAUGCGAGUUCGUGUUAUUCGCAUUAAUAAUAUGACACAUUUAUUUCUAUGUUUUGUAUAUGUGUCUCAUGUUAGUAAAACAUAACCCCACCCCCCAAAAAUAAAAUUAAGAUUCUAAUAUAUUUAUAAAACAACUGGAAAACAAUUCAUUGUAGGUGAGACAGACUAAUUGUUGAAUAGUCCAGCAAGUUAUGUGUCACAUGCUAUUAAAAUAAACAGAUUAAAAUUCUAAUACAUUUAUAAAAUAACUGGAGCACAAUUUAUUGUAGACAAGACAGACUAAUUGUCCAGUAGUCCAGCAAGAUGCCAGCCACCUGUGACGAUUGCAGGGUCUUUGACCACCCUGUCAAAAGCUGACAAGAUCCAUCACACGUGAAUGGGUUUUAGCACGCGGUCAAUCUUUUCUUUGUCUUUACUGUUCAAGUUCCCUGCAACUGUGUUGUCAUACAGUUGUAAUGGUACAUGAAUGCUAAUGUUUAGCCAGAUUUACAAUAUACAAUUCUUAACAUUAUAUAUUAUACAUAAAUACUGUUUACAGUGUAUUUUCUCAGAUUGUGUUUAUAAGGAAUCCUUUAAAUUUAUGUUUAACAUAAUUUUCCUGAGGAGAAUCGGUUGAUCAGUGAUCACAGUGUAGAUUAUCUUAAAACUUUAUAUUUGUUGAGGAAUGUAAUUUUAUGACUGUAAUUUAACAAUGAAAAUUACCCUGAUGUGAAUAAUUUCUAGCUUUAUUACUGUAUAAAAUUGUAAAACUAUACAAAGGCAAAAAGUUUAGUAAAUGUGCUUAAAAGAAAA